UUGAGAGCUACUACGUUGAUCAGCUGUUUAUUAAUUUAUUAAGUCAAGCAUAAUCGUAUUGGAGUAAUGUGUUGAUUAACGUCAAGUGUUAAUUACAAUAAUUAAGAAAGAAAUGUUUGGAAAUAGUUUUUAAACAAAUACAAUAUAAUUUGGCAGUCUCAAAACACAUCUUUUACGCCACAUCAGCAUUGUAGUGCUUCAAGUAAUGUUCAAUAGCUUCAUAUAAUUGUUGAGACGGUUGAUUGGAAUCUAUUUUGCAAUGAAGGUGCGCGUUUCUUAGUAUUUUAAGAAAAUAAGCUCGAUUUGAAAGCUUAAUACAGUGUACAAAUGAAUUUCCUGGGGCGCACUGAUCACACACAUUCUAACCCGAGACACAGUUCAGCCACGCCAAUCCACAAUAAUUCUUACGAAUAUCGCCAACUUGAGAGCACCCCGCGUACGUCACAUCACACAAAUACAUCUCAUUCACGUUCCGUGAUGUAUACACGCGAUUGGCGUUCAGCGCUACGUACACCACCCACAUACCGAAUUGGAAAUCGCACAUUACGAUUUAAUUUCCACUUUGCGCUACUAAUCAUCUGCGCAGUUGUAUUAUGCUUCCUAUUUGCUUAUGUUCGAACGGGAUCACAAUCUUCAUCGGAUGCAGCGUGGCUCAAAACCUAUACUAGUUCUACACACAGUAGUUCAUCUGAUAAAACACCAUUCAAUGGCGCUGCUCAGGCUUAUAUCGCUAAAUAUCCGCUCACAGCACCGUUUGUUGGUCACGCCAACGAGGUAGUAUAUCGCAUUGCUAUAGUAGCCGAUUUGGACACCAAUUCGAAAGUGCUUAAAAAAGAUGGCAGCACUGUAUGGCAAAGUCGUUUGAAGAAAGGGCAUUUAACAUAUCGUAGGUCUAAGCCAGAAAUUACGAUUCAAUGGGACGGCGGUGAACCUGUAAUAUUGGAAUCUAGCUUUUCGCUAAAAGGACGUGGCAUGGAAUUAUCGGAGCUCGUCACAUUUAAUGGAAAACUACUUAGUUUCGACGACCGAACGGGCUUAGUUUAUGAUAUUACUAACGAUAAACCAAUUCCAUGGAUUAUAUUGCUUGAUGGAAAUGGGCGAAAUAGUAAGGGUUUCAAAGCGGAAUGGGCUACUGUGAAAGACCAACAGUUAUAUGUUGGUUCGAUGGGCAAAGAGUGGACGACAAGUGCUGGCGAAUUUGAGAACGAAAAUCCAAUGUAUGUGAAGGUAAUAUCACCCAGCGGUGAGGUACGUUCUUUAGAUUGGGCAUUCAAUUUUAAAUUCUUGCGUCAAGAAGCAAUGAAAAUAAAUUGGCCGGGCUAUAUGAUACACGAGAGCGGUGUGUGGUCACCCGUGCAAAAGAAAUGGUAUUUCCUGCCAAGGCGCUGUUCACGUGAAAAAUAUAACGAGACGCGCGAUGAACACAUGGGUUGUAAUUUGCUCAUAUCAGCUGAUGAGCGUUUUACGAAUAUCAACACCGUUACCUUGGACCCUGCAAACACGACGCCAACACAUGGGUUUUCGAGUUUCAAAUUUGUGCCAAAUACUGAUGACAAAAUAAUAGUAGCCAUUAAAAGUGAAGAGUUAGACGGUAAGACAUCGACAUUUAUUACAGCAUUCGAUACUGAAGGGCACACGAUAUUACCGGAGCAACGCAUCGAUACUGAUUUGAAAUAUGAAGGCAUCGAAUUUAUCUAGUAUGUGGCAUGGAAAAGAACUGCAAGCAGUAUAAAAUAGUAUUUUCUACAAAAAGAAGCUUUAAAUGAAAUACUUUGCCGAAAAAUGUUCAUAAAAAGCACUACUCAUGAGCAGAAUUUGUCAGCGUGCUAAAUAAACGGUAAAACAACAACAACAAACCGAAUCUGCGCCCAGCUGUAUAAAUACCGUAUUCUACGAAGUUAUUUAGCGUAUUUAUUGUUUUUAUCUUGUACUUUUAAUUUAGCUAAGAGAACGCUUACUUUUGAUAUUAUUCUUAAGCAACGUACUACGUAUUUGCAAACUUUUAGUACUAUCGUAAAAUAUGACUACUUGUGUAUAAGAUUUCGCAAAAACAUAUGUAAGUAAAAAAUGUGAUCUAUCGUUACCAUCUAACGCAUUAUUCUGUAAAUAUUAGAACUAAGUAAACAGUUAGAUAAGAUCAGAAUUUGGUACGUUAAUCCAAACAUACAGUAAUGCUCGGAAAUAGUAAAUAGAAAGGGCAUUUGCAAUAAAUUUAGGCACAGCGAAUUUUAGAAUUUAUAAAUAAAAAAUUUUCAGAAAUAACCAAA